AUAAACGAGUGUGAAACUGGAAACCACCAAUGUGACGCCGAUAGUUCAGUGUGCGUUGACACUAAAGGAUCUUACAAGUGUGUCUGCAGGAGUGGUUUUUCCAAAAGUGGACAUGAACAUAAAUGUACAGGUAAAUAUACCAUGCACCGAGCACUUCAAGAUAUGCUAUUGAAAUGUAUACUUUAAAAAUGUCUUCUUCUUUUCUCGGGUUUGCGUGGGGUGAAUCAGGUUGAAAUGAUAAAAGCAUCCUCAAAAUGGGAACGUAUGCGGCAUAUUAUGUAGCCUACGAAAACAUCCGUUUCUCCACGCUCUAGCUGGGGACGUUUCGCGCGGAGGAACGUCUGCGACUCAGCUACAGAAAUUCCAUAAUGAUGACGUAAAACAUGUCCAGAAUCCAGUCAGAAGCCCUGAUUGGUCGACGGAGUAGUUACAUUGUUUUAGCUAUUGUUUACGAAUGAUAGACAAGCCAAAAAGGUCAAAUGCAAACACGAUGAAUCUCUAACAAAACAGUCAAUAUUUGUGGAAUAUUGUCUUCUCUAGAACAAGCAUUUGAGUUUUGCUGGAGCUCGUUCGCAGAUGAACACAACACUUUACAAAAUCGGCCAGGAGAAACUAAAAUUGAAUAAAUUUACAUUUGGAACCCCACGACUACCGGAUUUAUUAAGUAAACAUUGAUUUGCGUCAUCGGUAUGGAAUUUCUAUCGCUGAGUCGUAGACGUUCCUCUGCGCGAAACGUCCCCACCAGCGAAGAGCGAGAAGAAACGGAUCUUUUCGCAAGCUACAUAUUAUGAUGCUUAACAGAUCUACAAUUUGAUAAUUGAGCAUUAACUCUUAAUUUGCAGACAUAAACGAGUGUGAGACAGGAAAACACAACUGUAACGCCACCAGUUCAUCGUGCAAUAACACUAAAGGAUCAUUUAGGUGUGCUUGCAUGGAAGGGUAUUCCGAAAGUGUACCUGAUCAUAAUUGUACAGGUAAAUAUACCACCGAGCACUNCGGAUCUUUUCGCAAGCUACAUAUUAUGAUGCUUAACAGAUCUACAAUUUGAUAAUUGAGCAUUAACUCUUAAUUUGCAGACAUAAACGAGUGUGAGACAGGAAAACACAACUGUAACGCCACCAGUUCAUCGUGCAAUAACACUAAAGGAUCAUUUAGGUGUGCUUGCAUGGAAGGGUAUUCCGAAAGUGUACCUGAUCAUAAUUGUACAGGUAAAUAUACCACCGAGCACUUCGAGAUAUGUUUCCUGGAUAUGUUAAUUGAAAUGGAUACUUAAAAAUACCUUCUUCUUUUCAGGCUCGGAUUUACGUGAAUCAGGUUUAACAGAAAUUGUGUAACUACGUCAAAAACUCUCGUUUUCUUUUCUUAGUUUCCCCUUUUUUUUUUCUUUUGCUUUGCUUCGAAAAUUUUGGUUGGUAGAGAUUGAAUUAAAGAGAUCGGAACUAACUACUUGAAGACCGCAAGAUAGCGCGACGUACUCGCUCGAGGCCCAUGCGCACUGUUCUUCAUGAACUGGAAUGAAUGACGGAAUGAUAUGCAUUGUCGAUGUUUUUUUUUACAGGUAGGAUGAUGUCAAGUUGCAAGGAAAUUUAUGAUAAGUAUUUGUGAGUACAGCAUACGUGAUUACUAUGGUGUUAGCAACAUUUUUUGUUCAGUACUUUUUUCGUCUCAAUGUAACACACAACCUUUCUCAUAUCAUAGUAAGUACCAUGCAGUUUCUUCAGGUUCGGACUUUAGAAAAGGGCUUUCUUUGCGUACUGACAAUGUAACCACAUCCCCCCAAAUUAAUUGUUAGCUUCGUCAUGUGGAGCUCUAUGUCGGUUAGUGUUAUCUGGAAAAGGUGACUCCAAUGGUUUUUACUAGGAGCAAAACCUCCCAAGUUUGAGCUUUAAUUACAUAUUGCGGACAAAGAUCUCGGAAAAAUGAAAUCAUGGCUUUAAUAGGGAAAUCUUGCUAGAACGAGUGUCAAUACCAAAUUUUAAAAGAAAUUUAUCGAACAGUUUCGAAGUUGUUAUCGCGUUUAUAGAAGUAUGACACCACUUUUAUCAAAAAUUAAAGUUUGGAAUAAAUUACUGAUAAAUCUGAGAAAGGUCCAAGUAAAAAGGAAUACGAAGAGCGUUAAUUUGCUAAUUAAACGAAUUUCAUAAUUCUAAUUAAAUAGACUUUGAACUUGUGAGUAAGUAAUCAAGGCAAUAGAGUGAUGAAAGAUGUUGUAUAAUUCAUUUUUACCGUUCAUAUUUCUUAAUCAUAUAAAUUAUAUGUUAAUCAGUAUUAUUCUAAACUGUUUAAAUCUGAGGGCCACAAGUUCAUCCGUUUGACACUCUUGCUGUCACUUGUUACCUUCUUAAGUAAAUCCAGUUGUCAUCUUAUCUUACUGUGCAAUAAACAAUCAAGAAGGCAACACCAUUCAGGCUGUGAUACAUUUCGCCAUGUCACCUAGUGCCAUAAAAUGGAACUGUAGCAGCAAAGGUUUCCAAAUUUUUUUGUAGAUAUUAUUUAAGUGUUUCAAAGUCAUAAUAAGACAAGAUGUUCUUCACUUCAACCUUUUUCAGGGGCCACAAGUGCAAAUUUCCAUCACUUUGGCUAGUAUUGUGUUUGAAGUUGUCUGUCUAUUAGUUUUCAAUAAAGUGUGUCUCAUCGUCACAUCCUAAAGAAAGGGUUUGUCCGAAAUGUAUUGGUAGCUUUCUACCUUUCUACACGCAUGAUCUAUCGACAUAGGAUGAUGAAUGCGCGUACAACAGUAGUACCAUGAAUAAUGGUGUACACCUACAAGCAUUAAUUGAAAAGAGCCUGCACCUAAGAAUCAUCCAAUAUAAAUACCCGGAGCAUGAGCGACAUUCGAUGGGCUGCUGCUUACUUUAAAACAAUACACAUUCGAUGAGCAAAAAAACCCCGUUGAGUGGCAGAAUUAUCAAAGUCAGGAAGAAAUUUAACAUUGUUUGGCAAUCACAUUAUUUCUCAAGGUACAAGAUUCCAUGGCCUCAGGAACUGCAAAAUGAUAAGCUUGUUUAAAAAGAAUGCAAAGAACGAAAAAAUAUUUACCAGGCUCGGUAGAUUUUGUAUUGUGUGAAUGAAACCGACGGUAUGUCAGGUACACAACAGAGUAAAUUCGCAUUUAAUUCCACUGCACGCCCGUUAUUUUUAAACUUCAAUCAAUUUAUUUGCCCUUUUUAACAUAGUACAAUAAUUACACAGUCUUAUAAUUAAAAUAUACUUGGGCAGGAACUCUCAGCAAACCCUGUAGGGCUUUUCGAGGAGAGCCGCUGGACAAGUUUUAUACAAGUAUGAUGUAAAUUUAAAAUUACAUGUCUGUGUUAUAGAUUACAUGUAUAAAGUAUAGAGCGACUACUCACAUUUUUUAUUAUAUGUUUGAUCAAGAAUCUUGUCUUCUUGAAAUGUUUGCGUUAGAAUUAUGUUAUCAAAAGCUCUCAGAGCCCUUUUUAUUCACUGCCACAGUAAUCUGGCUUAUAAAAUCUGUACAUGAUAAUUCGCGAUACCGGAUCGCGCACCAUUACAGCAGCCGCAAGCGAGAGAUGUAUUCCAUGUAGAGCAUAGCAUAGUUUUAACUUUAAAAAUAACUGUGGGUCAAUGCAGUGUGCUCCUUUGUGGACGUAGGGAAAAGCUCCAAAGCAUUAUAGAAGCGAGUUAACCACUAAAAUAAGGUACUAAAGAUCGAGCUUGAUUUUCAAUAUUUACUUAAACACCGGUUGUCCAGAGCCAGGAACUCUGCUCUGCUCUGAUUGGAUAUUACUAAGAAGGCGUGAAAAAUAUUCCUCGAAAGCUCUUUCUAUAAAUAAAUUUUCAUGGGAAAGGGUUGACUCCAUUUCCAUUUCUCCUCGGCCUAGCACGCCUUCCUUGGUCGCAGUCCAGGUUUGCUCACUAUUGAGAGGCGUUAGUAUGCGGAACUGGAACACUGGUGGAUUGAGCCUUUCCCGGCCAAAACAAGAACAGCAAAAUUCUGUUUGGCAGUAUUUAAUAUCUGGCUGAAAGUCAAAUGCAUAUCUCCGACUGGUUACAGAGACUUGACCAUUUUCUCACUGAACUCGUUGCUUCAUGGCAUGGGAUGCUGAAUUUGGCGAUGUUAACAUCGAUAUGAUCAAACAACAAACAUCUGAUGUCAAGCGGUACACUGAAAUGCCCUCGAAUCACUGAACCUGAAGCAAGUCGUCACCAAAGCAACAACAACUACGAAGUCCAGUCAAACUCUCGUUGAUGACGUUAUUACAAAUCUCCUAAACGCGUUUCACAUACUGAUGUUCCCUCAUUUCCCCACUCAUUAGCGAUCACGACACGUCAUAUGUUUUUUUUUAAUCAAUGUUUAUCCAGGGGCAUCCACUUUAGCAGAGCUAGUGAAAUGGAGCCCUGACACAACACAAAAACAAAGACAUUAAAACUAGACAAUAAAUUAAGUUACAAAGGCAACAUGUACUGCAGGCGUAACUGUUUAAAAUGGCGCUUUAGCUUGAUUUUAAAUUCUCUGAGAGUCUCUACUUGUCUAAUGAUUCUCGGUAGGGUGUUGUAGGUCCGAGCACCGGUUAUUCUGAAGCUACCUUGGUAUUUAGUAUUUUUUGCGAAGGAAGGGCGCAGCAAAUAACGGCUUCCGGUGUUAUCGCCACGGAAAAGGUGCGCGUGCCUAAACUCUGCACCAGGGCGGAAAAACCUUACAACUAACCUCAAUAAAUUUUGUUUACAUGCGGUUGCCGGAUUUGCGACGCAUUGCGCGAAUCGCCAUGGCGCGUUGCACCCGAGACGCAAAGUUUGAAGCAGCACAACGCCGCUAUAUCAAAAUAUAUCAAUCUAAUAUUUUGUCAUGUUUAUUUAAAAUUUAUCCCCCUUUAACAUAUGUAAAAAUUGAGGUUAAGAAGUGUUAAGCUUUUGCAAACGAAACGGCGAAAGACGAUUAGGUGAUAUUUAGUGGAAGGAGGAGGUAUUCAACACUUUCAAAUUAAACUCAAAUUUUGGCAUUAUACAACCAACAAGUUUGACUUAUAGGCAUACAGACACAAACAUAUGAAACUGUUUAUUGAUAUUGUUAUGAAACGAAUUUAUCUAUUUAACAUUGUAGCCUGAAAUUAAAGAAAGAAAAUAGGAUUUCCGGUUUGCAAAAAGGAAAAUUUCGCCGGCCUUCAAGCGCACCGGAAGCGCGGAAAGAGCGCUCUUGCCAGUCCUGCUCCGCAUCACACAUUAAAUGAAGAGCGGAGCGCUCGUUUCACUGCUCAACAUUUAUCCGCCCUGCUCUGCAAGUAAGUACGAAGCCGCUAUUCCGUGAAGACACUUAUGGACUAAGACGUAUUUGAGAUAAUUUCUGCGAGCUUGUAGGCUGGGCCAGCCAAGUAUUGAUUUUUACUCCUCAGCUCCUAUAGACCGACCUUCAAUAAUACAUGAGACAUAAUACGAGCGAUUUCUUACCGAACUAGCUCAAAAACUAUCCGAUAAGAAGCAGAUGGAUGAUAGCAUUGUGAUUCUUUGGUUGAGAGCAAAACUAUGUGGAUGUUUACCGGUUUCUGGGUAAUCGGGCCCGAUUUUUUUCAGUCGGACCCGAAUAUUAACUCGAACCUGAUUUCGUUUAAUCGAGUACGAUAACAAAUCAGGUCCGUUUUCUAGUCCGGUCCGAUAUAUUUCGGAUCGGAUCCCAAAACUAAUCGGGCUUGAAUUCUUGUUAAAUCGGGCCCGAUAAAGUAAUCGGACUCGAUUUAAAUUAAUCGGGCCCGAAUUGUCUUAAAUCGGGCCCGAUUUCUGAAUGUUUUAACCUAUUGAGAUCAGCAGUUUUAUGUGUAAGAGGCUCCAGAACAAUUAAACGUGGCAGAAAUCGCAAAUGUGAUUGGAAAGAUAAAGUAGACACGUUUCAAGUAUUGUUUUGAACAUUUUUCUCUCUCUUUUUUUUUACCCUAGCCUAAGGCUUUUUAUUUUAGAUACAUUUUUAUCAAUGAUUUUGUGAUGACUUUUAUCUUAUGCUUGUAUACUGUAAUCUUUUAUUGGAUGUUUUUUUAAUAAAGCUAUAUUUCCUUCAUAAUACAUGCGGCGCGUCUAUUUAGCUUCUGGGUAAGUUUUGUUCCCAACCCCACAGCUGUCCCAGACAGGCGAACAGCAAUCGAACAAUGGCAAAACUAUAGUAAUGUAGAGCAUUUGACAAGUUGGCUUGGAAAGAACCUUACGCGUUCGACGCAGAAUACCUAAUCUAGACGAGAUCUUAUUACCGAUAUAUUCUAUGUGGUCCUUCUAAGAUAAGGUGUUGUCUAGGAGGACCCCAAGAUAUUUAAACUUGUUAACUCUUUCUAAACUCGUGUUACUGAUUUCUAUAACUAGAUCGACAGCCUCCACGGUCCUCUGAUGGGUACCUACAAGCAUAAUUUUCGUUUUUUCAAGAUUAAGUAUUAGAAAAUUAGCUUGAAGCCAGCUUAGGACAUCAGUUAGGCCACUAGUUAACUGAGCUUGAAUUUCACUGACUGACUUGCUUGCAAAAUAGACAAGUGUAUCGUCAGCAUAAAUCUCGACGCUACAACCAUGAACCGCCAGAGGUAAGUCAUCAGAGUCAUUUAUGUAGAUGAUACAUAAUAAAGGGCCAAGUACGCUACCCUGGGGGACCCCCGAAAGAUAUAGGCUGGGGCUCAGACACGACCCCAUUAGUGCAAACACUUUGGGUGCGCAUGGUUAAGUAGGAUCUAAACCAUUGGACAGCAGAGCGAUUCAUUCCUAGUGAAGUUAACUUAUCUAACAUGAUCCUAUGAUCUAGGGUGUCAAAGGCCUUACUUAGGUCUAAAAAUAAAAGGCCAGUUAAUAGUCCUUUGUCAAUCAUGAUGUUUUCCAGCAGUGUUUGUCACGUGUAAUGGACAGUCAAUGCGUUUGUCAUCCGUUUCACUCCAAGAUACAAGGUUAUUAGGUACGAAAAACAGUUCAGGGACUAUUUCACUCAACUUCAUUUGAGGUCGUUUAUGCUUUAAUUAGAGGAUCCUAACGAACAGGUAAUCGCGUUCAAUACUCUUAUUUCGGACUUUUUAGAGUGACAUGCACCCUUAGAGCGUGUGAGGGUGACAAGACAACCUGCGCUCUGGUUGAAUGAUCCGAACAUUCGAACGCUGCCGGAGGCAUGCAAACGUUAUCGUAGGGAAGCGCACGCACCCCCUCACAGUGAGGCUGCGUGGGACAUCUUCAAAGACGCCCGUAACAGUCUUAAGAAACUGAUUGGGAGAGCAAAGAGAAGGUUUAUGACCAAUGCACUCUCGUAUAAGCGGCCCAUCGAAGUAUGGAAUGCAUCACACUUUUUUUGUACAUUUGUCUCCCGUUUUUGCACGACUACGACGUGAAAAUGCAUGCCUUAUUUCGCUUUUUGAGGAGGACGUAAACAAGCAACGACGAAAUUUUAUUUCUCUUUCUGAGCUUAGAUCAAGGUCACUCGAAAUUCAGCUUCAGGAGGAUUUGCCUACAUUUUACAAAGUAAGUGGGUAGGAAUAGUCGCUAUAAAGACUGAGAGAACGCAAAUUCACUUUUUAAGAGACGUUCUCGUUGUCGUCGCAUCGUUGGAUCUUAAAGUCCCUAGUGGCAGUUGAUAAGGAGGAGCUGCAUAGGCGUGUAAAUGCGCUUGCGCAGUACCCUGAUACUUCCUUUCGUCUGAAGAGUGUUACCUAUUUGAAGUUAUUCGGUAGAUCAAAGCGCUGCGGUCCGACUGCUCUACUGGUCCGGAUAACAUCCAACCCAAUUCAUCAAGCUAGUCCCAGACCAUUUAGCAUCGCCUUUAACGCAUAUCUUAACAAAAUCCAACAAAAUGCAAGGAGAUUAUUUUCCGUAAGAAAGGUUUCAGUCAGGACAUCGCGCUAGUUAGUAACAUACCGCAGUGCGCAGAGUUAUCCAUAUUAGGUGUUACUUUCCAACAAAAUUGUAAAUACAGUAGUCAUGUGCGUGCGAAGGUAAUUAAGGCGAACAAGUCAUUAUUCGUAUUAGGAUCUUUACGUAAGGAAGGAAUGUCCCAGGAGGAAGUAGAUCACCUUUUUAACGCAAUAGUUUUACCAAAUUUUUCUUACGCUUUGCCUGUUUAUGGUGCCUCAGAUUCCGACCUUUCUGUAAUACAGAAUUUUUUAGACCGGUGUAUGAAAAGAAAGUUUAUGUCCAAGAAUGUAAAUAUCAGGGAUUUGCUAGAGAAGGCGGACAAGACACUCUACAAAAAAAGAUCGAAUGACCCCGAAUGCCCGUUCUUCCAGUUUUUACCUAAGGAAAAGAACAUGAGGUACAAUCUUAGAAAUACGUCAGUCUCUGUCCCUAGAAUCUACACUGACAGGUUUAAGAACGUUUUUAGUAACAGAAUAAUUUUUAGAUAUGAUAUGUAAAUAGUUUUUUGAGUUUAUAUUGUAACUUAGGAUAUGUGAUUUUAUCUUAAGAAAUAAAGAUUAUUAUUAUUAUUAUUAUUAUUAUUAUUAUUAUUAUUAUUAUUAUUAUUAUUAUCUUAAACACGUGCAUUUCGAAACUGGACUUUCCAACUCUUUGGAAGGUUGCGCGCAUUAGUCCAUUCCGAAGGUGGGCGAACCCCAGGGAAAUGACGAUUUUCGCCCUGUUUUCAUUUUGCCUGUGUUAUCAAAGGUUUAUGAAAGACUGUCUUGAAGACAAAUGGUGGAUUUUCUCACGGAAACUGCUGCGCUUCAGCCAAAUGUAAGUGCAUACCGCAAAGCCACUCAACUACAACUACUUUGCUUGCAAUAAGAGAUGAUAUCCUUAAGGUAAGAGUAAGAGUAAGAAGUUUAUUGUACACUCGCCUGCGGGGCUUUUCAGUGAUACAAGACAAAUAUAAUUCAUUAUCAAGUAUAUACAAAAAAAUAUCUACCUAAAAAGAAAAUAAAAUUACUUGAGUUUCCCUUUUUAAAAUUCCUAUGAUACAAUAAAAGGUUAAAACCUACAAAACGCUCGCGGGAUCAAGAAAUUUAUGUAACAAUAUUUGCCUCAGUUUAAAAAUCUCUAUGAUUCUUACUUAAUUUGAGGUCUUUAUCUAGGCUGUUCCACAAACUGACAACUCUGUACUGGAAUGAUCGCUCACCAGCAGCUGUUUUAAAUAAAGGGAUAUUUAAUUGUUGUGAAUUGCGUGUCACGCGCCAAAAACUUGGCCUCUGGUAACUACCUUGGAUGUGAGGUAAUCUGGGACACAGCCCGUCAUACAUAUAAACGCAAAAACAGCGUCCCUUAAAUAUAAUUGCUGUCCUACAGGUAACCAGCACAAAUCCCAGAGAACUGGAGAGAUAUGAUCGAAUUUUCUCGCUCCACUAAUUAUCCGGGCGGCAAAGUUCUGUACGUGUUGCAAUUUACGUAUAUUUCUGUCAGAAGUGUUAGACCAGACCGCCGAGCAGUAAAAUAAUUUACAAAAACAAGGGCGUUAAUUAAAAUCGCUAGAAAGUCUAAAUUAAAAGCGUGUUUUGAGCGGUUUGUCUGGGGUAGCUUAGAAAUACAUGAGGCAGUGAGAACUGAGAUAUGGCAAUCAAAUGUCAGGGUAGGAUCAAAUAUCACACCUAAGUCCUUAAUGGAGUCUGUAGGUAAUGAACAGAGGUGAGGUCACCAUUGCAAUUAUUGCAGACUUGUCUAAAGCUUUUGAUACAGUUGUGUAUGAGAAAUUUCUGUGCAAAUUGCAUAAGCUAGGGUUUUCCAAGUCCUCUCUACAUUAGAUUGUGAGUUAUUUGACUGAUCGAACGCAGUACGUCCAAAUCAGUGAUCGCUCGUUGGAACGCUUAAAUGUGUCUUUUGGGGUACCUGAUCAGGGAUUCAUUUUGCGUCCCCUCUUAUUGACGUACUGACGUACUCCCAACCGAGGUAAAUUGCCAUCAAUAUGCGAGCGAUAGAACGAUUUAUAGUCACUCUAAACCAUCUGAGCCUCAGAGUUGUCAGGCGGAGAUGCAGGCUGCGCUGGACAAGCUGUAUACCUGGUCAUCCCGAUGUAACUUGGCUCUCCAUCCUAAAAAGACUAAAGUGAUGCUUCUUUCAACUCCCCAGAUGUCAAGAACUCAUGGGCUAGACGGACACUCCAUCCAUCUCUUAUGGAAAGGGUCUCGAGCGAGUUUCAACUUUCCGCCUACUUGGUACGGAAGUGCACGAAAACGUCAACUGGAAAAGAGAGAGACUGACUGCAAGAUCUCAAGUUGUUACGGAACUUUGUCUGUACUGAAGAAGCUGAAAUACCUUGCCCCGUAUAAUGUCAGAAAACACUUGGCAGAGUGUCUUAUUUUGUCAAAGAUCGAUUAUAAUGACAUUGUCAGUGAUAUUAUAGCAGAUUAUCUUGUUAAGAGACUUCAGCGAGUACAGUUAGCGGCUGCUAAGCUGUUUACCUGGUCAUCCCGAUGUAACUUGACGCUCAACCCUAAAACGACGAAAGUAUGAUGCUUCUUUCAACUCCCCAGAUGUCACGAAUUCAUGGACUAGACGGACACUCCAUCAAUUUGCUAGUUUUGUUUUAGGACACUACGCAACCAAGCUUCAUUUCCUUUAUUAAAUACGUUCAUACACUCCCGUAGUCCCCUCGAAAACCAUACCCGAUUCCAGACUAAAAUGGGCAAAGUCUAUAACCGUUUUCAGACCAAAACGGCCUUUGGGGCGUCACAGUCUAUAUGGGUUAUAUAAGGGAGUACCCCCCGCGGAUAACUGUGGGCCCAUGUGGGUUAGUGUUGUCUAAUUCUAAAGUGGAUAAGGUGACUCCGCUGUUUUUUAUUAAAACAAUAGAUAAGGGCUGCAGAGUUGCUAGCCAGGACUUGAAAUGCGGUGCUCUUCCGAUUAAAUUGUAUUUAUUCGCGAGAGCGCUUUUCAUUUUUUUUUUCGAGGGCGGCGCUCUUUCAAGCAACUAUGGUUUUCAUUUCAUAUGACGGCCUUAUUACUCUUGUGGUUCAUCUGCAUUACAUCUGAAAACUUUUACAUUUACUGUCAAUUAUCACUUUGCUGGCUUCAACGGCCUAACUAUCCUUUCUACUGCUGCUAAAAUUCAAACUACAAAACUAUCGAUCCUACGGAGAUUUUACUUUUACGAUGUAUUAGAGCAGCUGAAAACUAAUUUUCAUAAAAAUUUUCGCUUCAAAAGGGUUCUUGGUUUUGUGAUAGAGUACGCUUGAAUUUCUAAGCUUUUGCGUGACGCGGCAUUUACAUGACAGCCAAGAGAGCUGUCAUUGUAGGUGAAAAAAAUGACUUAUUUCAGGAAAUUUUGCCAUCUAAUAUUUCAUGUAUUAGAAAAAGUAUUACUUUAAUGUUUAUGAGUUCCUCGAAGAAUAAAUUCACGCUUUUGUAGCAAAACUCGGUAACAGAUGUUUCUGUUGGUUUCCGUCCGCCAUGUUGGUGCUCAUCCGGAUGGGCACCAGUAUGGCGUCUCCAUACAAAUCAGUCUAUAAAUUUGGGUAAAACAUUUCUUCCGAUAUCUCGUAUAUUAAAUAUUCCGGCUCUGACCUGAAUCUUGGCAAGGGUCUUUGCAUAUUUACCUCCUUUCAUUUCCCAGAUUCUGGAUUUUAUCUUUUGAACGGUUUUCAUUUUUUUAAAUCUGUUUUGAAUGACGUCACAUUGAAAACCCGCAAUAUGAGGACGGUCACUUACUAAAACAUGCAGAGAAAACAAAUCUUGCUUGAUUUCAUGCAGUGCCUCAAAAAUAUAUCAUUAUAUAAAUAUAUAUUUACUAGGAAGCGUGAAAACAAAGCCUACUUACUGAAUGUGGAGUCUAAACGAAUUCCUGUGUACUGUCAAAUGGAAGCUGCUGAGCUUGGAGAAUGCGGAGGAGGUGGAUGGACGCUCGUCAUGAAGAUCGAUGGCGAAAAGGUAGCAGCAGCGAUGGAAUAAUUUUUGCCCCCUCGGGGAUUUCGCCCAGAAGGCGAAAUCCCGAGGAGGCACUCUAGUAACUAGCGCGUAUAUUAAGUAAAGUACUUACGGUUGGAAUAUACAGUCAGUGUGUCAGAAAAAAUCUCGACUUGCUUGAACAGGGGCAGCGAGGAAUCGGUAGGUAAUGAUGACGUUUCUAUUGUUUGCGCCCGCAAGUACGAAAUGGUUAGGAUGACGUAAAGACAGAAAAUCGUGAGGGGACCGGUUAGGUAGAUUUUGUAACAUUUCAAUUGUGCAGUCAUACUUCGAUACUCUUUUGCGUUACGGGUUAUCAGUGACAUUCUGUGGAGCAGUUGUUUUGAAAGUUAUGGACCAAAAGACACUCGUUAAGCGCAGAUGAAGUUCUAAGGUGCGUAUAACUGUGUAUAUAUAUGAAGAGUUUGCCAGACACGAGUUCACAAUUUUUUGAUUGGAAACCUUGCCAGACACUCUUUCUCUCUCUUUGACCGGAAUAAGACUCAGCCCCAAACAAGCAAGACGAGUGAACAACGGCUAGCUUAUCACUAGCAGAACGAUGGACGAUUACAGAAAUUCGCCGACAAUCAAAUUCUGUGCUGACUUAUUCCCUGCUCACAGAUGUCCUUCCGUUAUAAAGUUUAAAAUAAGACUAGAAUGUACUAGCGUGAAUUGUUCAAACGCCCUUUAAUUGUUGAAGGCUCACUUUCCGGCAAAUAAAAUGAACUGAAUGUAAAAAGUGAAAGAGAAAUAGCGAAAAAUUCAACUUCUAAUUAAAUCUUUUCCUAUGGUUUAGAAUGAACUAUUCUCGAAACUGAGAAUGUUUUGAUCAAAGCUGUGUAAAUCGAACUGAAACUGUGCAUGGAACCUUGCGUUCCCUGUAUUUAUCUCACCUAUUGUAUGGAGUGGAGGGGGACAGGGGGGCGGGAGCCCGGGAGAACAGGGGGCGGGAGGGGUACGGGAGACGGGAGAAGAAAGGGCGGGAAGCGGGAUCUCUAUGAUGGCGGGAAGCGGGAGAGAAAUUCCAAAAGGCAAGCUUUCGUUAAUUGUUACUGCUCAUCAUCCAGUCAAAAAAACGAACCCAACAACGUUUCUUGACUUCCAUCAAGAGACUAUAAAGGGGACAGAGAGGGCAUCCCUCAUAUACACCCUAUUCCAUAGGUAAUUCGUCUCGAGUUAUUUUUAGAAUCGGGAUAAAGUUACCUCGCGCGAGGCGUGGAUGUUUCGUGGAGGUUUCGCAUGACCAAACGCACGUGCAAAACAUGUCGGGCGAGAGGCAAUGAAAGCGUAAAAAGAUCGAGAGCAUUCCUGAAUAUUGAAGCGAAAUGAGUCGGCGCUCACAUGGGAAAACGGAAUCGCUGGACUCUUUGACAACCCGUGAAAUCAGUUUAACUCGAAGUUGUUGUAACCUCAGUGCUUUAAUAAAAUGAGAAAUUUCGCCGGUCUAUUGAAACCGGUCGUUUGUACAAUUCAGGGAGUUUAAGAUCCAACGACGCGGACGACAACUAGAACGUCAAAAAAAACAAUAGGUUUAAUUAGCAAAACAACAACUUCGCACGUGCAACACACUUUUUUUGUUAAUUUCUUUCCCGUUUUUGCACGACUACGACGUGAAAAUGCCUAAUUUCGCGUUUUAUGGAGGACGUAAAUAAGCAACGACGAAAUUUUAUUUCUCUUUCUGAGCUUGAAUAUGGUCCCUUGAAAUUCAGCUUUAGGAGGGUUCGCCUACAAUUGACAAAGUAAGUGGGUAGGAAUAAUCGCUAUAAAGACUGAAAAAAAUAAACAUCAAACCAGAAAUUGCUCUCUUCAAACUGUAAAUUAUAAAUGAUCCUGAGAGAAUAUUCAGUGUGUUAAGGAUUUCCCUGCUCUACUGUUAGCUCUAUACAAGAGAGGAAGGGCGAUUCUUUUUUAAUUUCGGUUUCGCUGACACAGCUUUCGCAGAAAUCUCGCUGUAGUCGUUUUCGUCGACAAAAGGAAUAGCAAAAUCGCUCUCCGCGUCUUCCCCCAUUUUGUUCUGCGUCAUUUCGUGAAGAACGCGUGGCUCUCAGCGUGGGUCAACCACGCGGAACACAUUCGCGCUAUGUGAUUGGCUGUUGUGUAAAUUCGCACUUGGGAUAGAAAAAAGAGCAUUUUCCGCUGAAAUUGGAAACCUUUCCAAGUCGGUUACAUCAUAGGUCACGAGUCCUCAUGAAUGAGGUGGCGUGACACAUGUACACAUGUGUCGACUGUGUAAGUCAUGUCAGUGUCUCGUCUGUUUGACCUCUCUCGCAGGUAAAAUGUCGUCAAAGACCAUUUUAAUCGGUCUAAGUAUUUUUCGGUGUGGUGUGGAAAAAUCCGUACAUGGAAGACCUUCCUGGGAGCUCGCUCCGUACGAUUGUAGUUUGCAAAACACUAAAGAUUUUACGGCGUGGUGCAAACUUGUGUCAUUUAACUUGUAAUAAGCCAAUAAGAGCAGAGCAUUCGUUUCUUCAAAUACUUCUUGUUAAAAUCGGACAUAGAUGCAUCAUUCCGAUGUAAAAAUGUAUGUAUAACCGUUAAACCUCCCCGCCGAUGUUUGAUGAAAGAUACAACUUCUCGAGCAAAUAUGAAUAGGUUUGAGAUUUGAUAACCAGCAAACAAUAAUACUCCACCAGCACUUGACUGAACGCUUUAAAAUGCAAACGGUUAACGAACAUGCAAUUAUUGUCUCGUUGAAGUCAGUUUUUAUAGCUUACGACUACUUACGAAAAAUAACGAAAACUAACCGCGGUAGAUAUGCAAUUAGUACAAUAAGACGCUAUGAACUAGACAGGAGUACUGAACUCUACCGUAACGUUUGGCCCUUCGACUUCAUUUUGGCAUGAUACCCGUAAUUUCGGGAUUCCUAAAUGCAUGUUAAUGCAUCUUUGAUAACUGCAAUAGCUAUUACACUGCACAGUGGACUGAGACUAUUGUCGCUGUACUGGGAUGUCAGAAGCGGUGGUCAAACCUAACCAGGUUAUUGAAAACUCAGUUUAACUAAGAAAACUGACUUGUAACAAUUUUCAUCUUUGGCAAAUUACCCUACAGCUUUAACACUAAACCCGGGCUUCUGAUCUUUUUAAUUUACGUGAUGAUGGGAAAAAUACAAUAAAGGGCGGGAGUCGGGAGACAAAGGAAUAAAAAAGUACGGGAGGCGUGAGAACGGGGUACGGGAAGCGGGAGGUUGUCACCCCCCUGUCCCCGCCCCCCCCCUCCCCACUAUGGAAUAUGUGUGAAAAUCUUCAUUAUGAAUCGGUAUAUUUCAAAGAGCUACACAACGAGCAAGAAUACCAUUGACCAACAAUGUACAGAACGGAGCUAGCUGCAGUGUCAACUAUUACUAUUAGUAGUAUUCAUUGAUAAUUUAUCGCCCGCGUUCAUGAUUGGCUCCAAUCCCUCGACUCUUCUUCAUAACCAUCCGUCGUUUACCAUAUUUGGAAGAUGUAGGACUGAAUAUACAUGAUCGAUGCUAUGGUAUAUUUAACAAUUAUUCCUCGAGCCCGAACGGGCUCUGAGUCAAUAGCCCAUGAGGCCGAAGGCCGAAUGGGCUAUUAACUCAGAGGCCUUGAGGCCGAGAGGAAUAAUUGUUUUAGUAAAAGCCAACUAGUUGGUCAAAAAUAUCGAGAAUAAGACAAUUUUAGCUAGUUAAAGCUAGACGUUAAUCCUUUUUUGCCGCCAAAAAGCGCGCGCUUUUCGCUUCUAGUAGGCCAUAACAUAUAACCUAGUAGCAGCUCAACCAAUCAGAACGCAGCAUUGAUAAUAGACCACUAGUUGGAUUUUACUAAUGCCUGUUAUUAAAAACUGACUCAUUGGAUAAUUUAAUUCUAGUGCUCUGAUUGGCUUAGCCAUCAUGGUAUAUGAGCCAUUAUACCAUGCUCUCCAAAUAUGGUAACUGUACGCGUCUGCUCAAAAUUAAAAACAACUAAGCUACAAAUCGGUUGUUUUUACAAAUAAAGUUGGGAAGAAUUCUCGAUACUUUUUUGUGGGCGUUUUUGAUAAAACAAUUAUUCUACUCGCCCUUGUUGGAUAUGAGAUGAUUACAGCCAUCUCGGCGCUACGCACCUCGUUGGCUAAACUACCAUUUCAUAUCCAACGCGCACUCGUGGAAUAAUUGUUAAAUGACCCAUCGAUCAACUUCCAGCAGUUCCCUUUAAACUAUUUUUUGCUAAAAUUGCGACCGAGAAUUGCUAGCAAAUCAGUUUUGCGACAGACUGCAAUCCUGGACGUAAGUGAACAGCGGAGCUGGUUUUAGGAAAGUAACUAAACAGCUUUUAAACAAUUAGCUGAAAGGAAGCGAACAUACCGUCAGCUUUUGGCUGGGGGUACAGGUAUUGGAAAUUGCCAAUCAAUACUGGACCGCACAGUAUGGGAGUCUUUUGUGUAAACCAUUCCGACUCAUGUUUGAAAUUAGUUGUUAGGUAAAUGUUAAGCUUUGGUAUGAAUGGGGCAAAGGGCGUGAUUUCAAUCCAGUGCAAUCCUUGGGGAAAGUUUUUUUAAUAGCGCACGAACAAAACGUUUAUUUCCUGAAAGGUUGAUAGUUUCAGAUGAAUUGUUAGUUUUUCAAUGAUGGAGCAGAAGUUUUGUACAGAAAUUGAUUUCAUUUAAUUUUUACCCUUCUUGGCAUAUUUCCUACCAUAAUAAUGUUGCGCAAAAGUGGGUGAUCCCAGAUAGCCCGUGAGGAGAAUCUUGUGUGCCGCUCGCAAAAAUGUUACCGCGAAGGUUUCUUACAAGAAUAGGGCUUUACUGACAAACCAUGAGGCUAAUUUGGCUCGAUUUUGGCUGAGUUCCUUUUUAUUUGCGUUUUUAUGAACCGAGACCGAGUUGAGGUCCAUAAAAACGCGAAAAAGAACCAGCCCAGUAUCCAUUCCUCUUGACCGAAGAUUUGGUAAAUCAAGGAUUUAUUACAUGGCCAAAAAGGAAAUUGUUUCUCGCACAGACUACAGGAUUCGCUUCAUCUUGACGGGGCGUAAAACGGCCAGUCAUAUAAUGUAGCCUCUUCACACUGGCUCACUAGUACUUCGAGAUGGCAGCCAUUGACCAUCAUCACAGCGAAAUGUUUAGAGGAAUCUCGCCAUGUCAUGUCAUUUACCUGGCUGGGGUAUUUAUUACAUUAUUUUAAUUCUUACCAGGCGUUUGAUUGUCUUAGCCUAGAUAUUCUCAAAACUACUUGGGGAGGGGGAGGAGGUUGGAUGUAGUUGACCCCCAGGGCCCAGAAGGCCAAAUUGGAUAGUCUUACAAACUUUUGGAGCAGAAUGUGACUGCUGUGAUGUCAUGUGAAAACAGUUUGUUAAUUGACGAUAUAUCAUUCUUUAUCUGUUUAGAUUACCUUUAAGUACGAUUCAAAAUUGUGGACCAACAAGACGGACCAUAAUCCCUCUGCGGGAAAGACCCUGCUUGAUUAUCAAGAAACAAAAUUACCCACCUACUGGAGCACACCAUUCACUAAGAUCUGCCUCGCUAUGAAGAUCGGCCAUCAAGUUAAUUCGAUCGUCAUCAACAAACAAGCCAAUUCCUUAUACUCCCUUAUCGCUGACGGAAAAUACCGUUCGACGUCACUGGGCCGUCACACCUGGAAGAAACUGAUUGGCCAACAGGCAUCGCUGCAGAGAAAUUGUAACAAAGAAGGGUUCAAUUCUUACCCGGCGCGACACUACAGCAGAGCAAGAAUAGGUAUCAUAAGUAACGAAAACAACAAUUGUGGUAGCCCUGACUCAAGAAUUGGGUUUGGUACUGGUGGUAAUCCUUAUGCUGACAACACCUGUGGAAACACGGCCUGGUACUGGUAUGAACCAGACAAUGGUGGCAAAAACAUUAAAGCGAUGGGCUAUAUUCUGGUGCAAUGA